AUGAGAUCCUUGAAGCACCUCAAACAUCACACCAGGACCAAUGUGGAGGAACAGGAGCAAGAGAUUCCUGUGGUUCACUGUUAUUCUAAAGUGAUGGAGAAGCAGGUGGAUGCGGGCACCCAGACAGACCCGGUGGUGGUUCUUUCUCUGGCCCAAGCAGCCGUGUUAGGCCUGAUUUCACAGAACGAGAUCUUUGGUGCCACCAUUGCCCCAAAUGGCUUCUACAUGGGUGAGAUGCGAGAGUGCCCCCCUCCUCCCCCUGAGGUUGUGGAAUAUGAGUACGCAGAUCAGCUGAUCGGUGCCAACGGGGAUUACCUGCCUGAACCACAUGGACCGGACGGUUCCCAUUCCACCGAUCGGAGAAGACCUGGGCCCCGCGGGAAAAGUCGGAGGUCCAGGAGCGAUAGCGAGGUAGCUGUAAGAGCAGGUGAACCCAGCAACAGAAUACGUCACACGUCCACUCAUGUGAAAGGAGAGAGCUCUGAGCUGUCUGACCCCUGCGUCCACACAAAAUCCCGCAGUAGCCCAGGGGUGACAGCGGAGGCCAUGGAUCUCGUCACCCACAGAGUGCCUCUGAAAGAAGAGCACUGUAACCGAGGCUGCCUUGAAUGUGCCAGAGAAACGACAAACAGAGAACAGACAGAUGCAGACCAUCAGCGAGAGCAGGAUAGCCCCACGGAGCAAGGGAGAGCAACGGUGCAGCGGCAAGACGAAGGACGAAGAAAGGCGGUGGAUGAGGAUGACGUGGAAGAGGAGACGGAGGAGGAACAGCGGGUCAUCCGCCUGAAGACUGCAGAAGAGGAGGUGAGUCCCAUAAUUCGCCGCUACUACGAAUCAAGCGUGGUGGCGUACGAGGCGGCAGAGAUGGGCAUCGCAGCAGACUACGAUGAAGGCGGCCAGGCCAUGAUCUGGGCGGAUCAAGGAGACGGCGAAGGGUCGUUGGGCCGACGCAUGCAGAUCGACCGUCUGGACAUCAACGUCCAGAUCGACGAGUCGUACUGCGUAGACGUCGGCGAGGGGCUGAAACGUUGGAAGUGCAGGAUGUGUGAGAAGUCAUAUACCUCCAAGUACAACCUGGUCACUCAUAUCUUGGGCCACAACGGGAUCAAACCACACGAGUGCCUGCACUGUGGCAAGCUCUUCAAGCAACCCAGUCACUUACAGACACACUUGCUCACACACCAGGGCACCAGACCACACAAGUGCACCGUCUGCAAGAAGGCUUUCACCCAGACCAGCCACCUCAAACGCCACAUGCUCCAACACUCCGACGUCAAACCGUACAGCUGCCGCUUCUGCGGACGGGGCUUCGCCUACCCCAGCGAGCUGCGCACUCACGAGACCAAGCACGAGAGCGGGCACUGCCACGUCUGCACUCAGUGUGGCAUGGAGUUCCCCACUCAUGCCCACCUGAAGAGGCACCAAGUCAGUCAUCAAGGACCGACUACCUUUCAGUGCCCCGAAUGCCACAAAUCAUUCGCCUACCGCAGCCAACUGCAAAACCACCUGAUGAAGCACCAAAAUGUCCGGCCGUUCGUCUGCUCCGAGUGUGGGAUGGAGUUCGUACAGAUCCACCAUCUGAAACAGCAUGCACUCACUCACAAGGUACUGACACAGCAGGCUGCCGAGCACAAGGGAAUGAAGGAAUUUAAGUGUGACGUGUGUGCGCGUGAGUUCACCCUCUCUGCCAACCUGAAGAGACAUAUGCUGAUUCACACCAGUGUCCGGCCCUUUCAGUGCCAUGUCUGCUUCAAGACCUUUGUCCAGAAACAGACUCUCAAGACCCAUAUGAUCGUCCACCUCCCUGUCAAACCCUUCAAAUGCAAGGUGUGUGGUAAGUCCUUCAAUAGAAUGUAUAAUCUCUUGGGACACAUGCACCUUCACGCUGGGAACAAACCAUUCAAGUGCCCGUACUGCUCCAGCAAAUUCAACCUAAAGGGAAACCUCAGCCGGCACAUGAAGGUCAAACACGGGAUUUUGGAUGGUUCCCCAGAUGGGCAAGAUGCCCUCCCUGACAUGGAAGGCCAGGAGGACUACGAGGAGGAGAACUAUGAUUUCAGCGAGAGAGAAAACCUUGCCAGCAACAACGCACAAGACAUCGCUAAACUCGCCGAGAUGGGUUACUACAACUUCGCCAAGAACGCUGCUCGCUACACCUCACCUUAAACGAC